AUCUGCUUUAGAAUGAUGCUUUCAGGGCAGUUUUAAGGGAUAUCUUCUGUGUAUUCCUGCCUGUGCGUGUAUGUAGUAAAAUAUAGUACUAUAUUUGAGCCUUUCUGUCCUUCAAUCUGUCCAGAUCUGCUCCAUGUGUAUGAAUAUUAAUGUUGUGAUCUCCUUACAGAGCUAUAAUCCCACUGGGACAAAGACACCAGUCCAUAAUCCGGAAUCUCCUCCCACAGCACAGCACUGCACAUUGAAUAACUACAUGUGAUUACAUAUUCAGUUGUGCUGAACUGUCAGGACACUACAUGCCAGCUAUAUUCUAAAUAUGAACCAGAUCCCGUCAAACACAUGGAAACGGUACUAUGAGCUCUGUUUUUCAUGAUGUUCCAAGUUUGGGGAUCACAGUUUGAACAUCUGAGGUGAAUUACUCCUGGCUAAAAAUAUAAAGUCUUAUUUUAGAUAAAAUUAAAGCCCAGGUCAGCUGCGGACAUAUGACUCAGGUAGAGCAGUAGUCCUGAUUUAACCCAAUUCCAUCUAAUAAAGUGUCUCUCCCAUUUCCCCUAGUCUCUAUUUCCAUCUCUCUCUCUCUCUCUCUCUCUCUCUCCCUCUCUCUCUCUCUCUCUCUCUCUCUCUCUCUCCCCCUCCGCUUAUGUAACACUGCAGUUCUGCAAAGCUGCUGAUGUUACAGAUCCAAGUACCUACACACACACACACACUCACUCUCUCUCUCUCACACACUUGCCCAGUGAUCAACCAGAUCACACUGUACUCUCUGUGAUUGCUGUCCUUGCUUCUGCCAUCAUUAUUGAUUGAAACAUUGACUGUUGUCCUGUCCUGACUGUUGUACUGUUGUCACAUUGAAUUGAAUUCUGUUGCAAAGUCACAGAAUCUGAGCCACAGUGUUUUCCACAGGCUUUCACUGUCUGCUUCACUGCUUACAUUCUGACAUUUGUCUCAUGAUUGUUAUUAUUAUUAUUAUCUUUAUUAAUAUUAUUAUUAUGUCUCUCUCCUUGUGUGUUACUGAGAUGUCAUGCAGGAGCAAAGGAGAAGGGACAGAGGACGAGCCAGACAGAGAGAGGUAGCUGGGUUACACCAUGUGACCUCGCCAGCUGUUGCUGUAUGCUGGUGGGAGAAACAAAAAGGGAGGAUGACAGCAUACUUAAGGAGAUUGACAUCAGCCACCACGUUAAAGAGGGCUGUGAGAAAGCAGACCCCUCUCAGUUCCAGCUGCUUAAAGUUCUUGGGCAGGGCUCCUAUGGAAAGGUGUUUCUGGUGAGGAAGAUCAGAGGAGUGGACAGAGGCCAGCUGUAUGCCAUGAAGGUCCUCAAGAAAGCCACACUGAAAGUUCGUGAUCGCGUACGAUCUAAGAUGGAAAGAGACAUUCUGGCAGAAGUGAACCAUCCAUUUAUAGUUAAACUGCACUAUGCCUUUCAGACAGAAGGAAAGCUCUAUCUGAUCCUCGACUUCCUCAGAGGAGGAGACCUUUUCACUCGUCUGUCAAAGGAGGUAAUGUUUACAGAAGAGGAUGUGAAGUUUUACCUUGCAGAGUUGGCCCUGGCCUUGGACCAUCUUCACAGUCUGGGCAUCAUCUACAGGGACCUCAAACCUGAAAAUAUUCUUCUGGAUGAAGAAGGACACAUUAAGAUAACUGACUUUGGACUGAGUAAGGAGGCCAUUGACCAUGACAAAAGAGCUUAUUCCUUCUGUGGAACAAUUGAGUAUAUGGCUCCAGAAGUGGUAAACAGGAGAGGGCAUACACAGAGUGCUGACUGGUGGUCAUUUGGGGUACUUAUGUUUGAGAUGCUGACAGGAUCAUUACCAUUCCAAGGAAAAGAUCGGAAGGAAACAAUGGCACUUAUUCUAAAGGCUAAGCUGGGGAUGCCGCAGUUCCUCAGUCCUGAAGUGCAGAGUUUAUUAAGAGCACUCUUCAAGCGGAACCCUGCUAAUCGACUAGGUGCCGGACCAGAUGGAGUGGAAGAGAUAAAAAGACAUCGAUUCUUUGCAUCGAUCGACUGGAAUAAGUUGUACAAGAAGGAGGUGAGGCCUCCGUUCAAACCCACAGUUGGAAGACCUGAAGACACUUUCCAUUUUGAUCCUGAAUUCACCUCCAGAACACCCACUGAUUCUCCCGGCAUCCCACCCAGUGCUAACACACACCAGUUGUUUCGUGGUUUCAGCUUUGUUGCAACGAAUCAAAUUCAGGAGCCCAGCAUUGCUACAGUAGCACCUUCUCGUCAGGAAGUGAACAACAUGAACCCCAUAGCACAGCAUCUCCGGGGUGACGUGGCCUUCAGUGAUGUUUAUGAGCUUAAGGAGGAAGUUGGACAGACAGCGACUUCUGUCUGCAGAAGAUGUCUGCACAGGGUUACAGCUGUGGAGUAUUCAGUGAAGAUUAUUGAGAGAGCGAGAAAAGAUCCAUCAGAAGAGAUUGAGAUACUGCUAAGAUAUGGACAGCAUCCAAAUAUUAUUACACUGAAGGAUGUGUUUGACGACGGCCAGUGUGUGUUCCUGGUCCAGGAUUUACUGAGAGGAGACGAGCUGCUGGACAGAGCUUUGACAGUGCCAAACUUCACAGAGAGAGACGCCUCAGACAUCAUCUGCACACUGACCAAGACUGUGGAAUAUUUACACUCACAGGGGGUUGUGCAUCGAGACCUGAAGCCCAGUAACAUUCGCUAUUCUGAUGACAGUGGACUUCCAGAAUGCAUCAGGAUAUGUGAUUUUGGUUUUGCCAAACAGCUUAGGGCUGAGAAUGGCUUGCUGAUGACCCCCUGUUACACAGCGACAUUCAUGGCUCCAGAGGUUCUGAAGAAGCAGGGUUAUGAUGCAGCGUGUGACAUCUGGAGUCUGGGGAUCCUGCUAUACACCAUGAUAGCUGGUUUCAGUCCAUUUGCCAACAGCUCUGAGGACACAGCAGAGGAAAUUCUGGCUCAAAUCGGCAGUGGGAAAUUCAUUAUCACAGGAGGGAACUGGGACCUGGUAUCAGAUGCUGCCAAGGACAUUGUGAUCAAGAUGCUCCAUGUGGACCCUCACCAGCGCCUGACUGCCCCACAGGUUCUCCGUCACCCCUGGAUUGUAGACAGAGACCAGCUAUCUGACAGACCCCUCACCAGACAGGAUGCACUCACUGUCAAGGGGGCACUGUCUGCUACCUAUUCUGCUCUGAGGCGCUGUGCUCCUGCUCCGGUCCUGGAGCCUGUACAGUCCUCCAGCCUGGCUCAGCGGCGAGGAAUGAAGAAACUGGGGAGUCCGAAAGUUAAUACAGACCCUAAAGAAAAAGAGUAGCCUCAACAAAUAUAGAGAAACUCAAAAGUUGAACACAGAUGCACAUCAUUUAAGAAGAAGUAGUCUUUUAGAAAAGCACACACUCACACACGUCGUUAUAAUGUGCUUAUAGGCCCACAAACUGAAUGUAGCAGAUCACAGAAAUAAAAUCUGAUUCCAAAGCUAACCAACAUGAAAGCUUCAGUUCACUCAAUUCAAAGUGUAAGUGUUUAAAUUUUGGGUACCACAAAGUUAGUUUGAAUGCUGUCCAAUAGCAAAUUGGUUGAGAAAACAUUUAGCUAAAUUUUGUUCUCAAGCAAAAUUUCUUAGUUCAGUCAUGGCGGUAAGGAACUGAACCGAUCUGAAUGGGCAUUAAUUUGUCUUGGCUAUACAAAUCUCGCUAUACAAAGCUCAGUUAGAGCAGUAGUGCAAUAUAUAUAUAUUUUUUUUUUGCCUUGAUCUUUAGCUAUAGUAGCUCCCUCGAAAGUGGGACAAAUUAAUCUGGUGACCAAAAUUAGAAAGCAGUAUUCAGUGCCACACAAAAACAUGCCAAAUAGUCUGUUUACUUUAAUUUUCAUAUUCAGCACAUAAAUGUAUGUCAUCAAGAGUUCAUGGACAGCCAUUACUCUGACAUGUAUCUAAUAUUAGACGUAUUACAAUAACGUGUUUGAAUGGAGAGCUGUCAUUCGGAUUAUUACAUUUUAUCUGCAAUUAGUCUUAUGAAUUCUAUGGAUUAUGCAUGUUAAAAUGUAAAUAUUCUACCAAAGGGAAAUAUCACUUAAGUUGACAAUACCACUGAAGUCUUACUGUUCCUGAUAUGCUCCAUAAUUUUACUGUAUGUAUUGUUGUCUUUUGUAAAUGCAGCCAUUGACUCUUAUGAAACUUACUGUUAAAUGUGUCACUGCUGCACUCGCCAGAUCAAAUGGAAAACUGAGCUAUGAAAGUGUUUAUGUUGAGCGUAGUUUGUCAUGUUUUUCAGAGCAUAAUUCAAAACGUUAUUUGACUUAACAGCAGUCAUAGAGGCAGGGAAACCCGGAAAUGUCCCACUCAGAGCAGAACUCUGCAGCCUAAUUAGUUUCUGAGAGCCAAAAUGCCUGGAAAGCACUCAGUCAGAGGAUUGUACAUACUGUCUAUUGCUGCUGCCCUGACUGGAUCUAUUAAGAAGCUGUACAGUCACAAAUACGAGGUAAGACUGAACAGGGUGUUUUGCAGAUGCGAGUAGCGCACUUUGUGUUGUACAAUUACAGUGUUGUUACCAUUGUAGAUUACAAAGCUCCAAAAUUAAUGCACAUACUUACUGGUCAGAGGUAAAACCAAACUUUUGUGAUGUGUAACCAAUAAACACUGUAGCAGAGAUACAGUAAUUCUGUGAUAUUAUGUUUGUUCAUACGCAGACUCUAUGUGUUGUGAUGCAUUGCACAACUGUAAGAGGAGGAGCUGGGACUGAUGCAAUUAUAAGUAUGCAGAUAAGGUUGUAGAUAUUGUGUUGUACAACUUUAAGUUUGAGAUAAAGCUGUAAAUAUUGUUUACUAAAUUAGGUUGUACAUAUUGUCAUGCAGAACCACCCCUAAAGAGGUUAAAUUGUAUAUAUACAGUGUUGUACAUCUAAAAGCAAGCAGAGAGACUGUAUAUAUUGUGUUUGCAGACAUACUGAGAUUGUACAUACUAUACUGUGUUGGACAUCCAUUGCUCAGAGUGUACAUACUGUCUAUAACUGGCCAACCACUGAAAUUAUUGGCUGGAAUGCCAAAGUUUUACAAAUAAAGGAAAAGAAUGGACAUGGCA